GACAGAAUUGACACAACAAAUAAUUGUGAAUUUACGUUCAAUGUUCAUUUUGUGCUUAAUUUUUUAAUUUACAUUUAUAAUCUUAGGAAAAAUGGAUGAAGUAGCUAAAUUAGAGCAUUUGUCUCUAGUGUCCAAAAUAUGCACUGAAUUAGAUAAUCAUUUAGGUCUGAACGAUAAAGAUCUUGCUGAAUUUAUAAUCGACCUAGCUGAUAAAAAUCCAACAUUUGAAAGUUUUAAAAAAGCUUUAAUUGAUAAUGGAGCAGAAUUUUCAGACUCUUUCAUGACCAACUUACUUCGUAUAAUACAACACAUGAAGCCAGCAAAUUCCACUGAAAAAUCUAUUGAAGUUCAUUCUGAUAAGAACCCAUUAGCUACUAAGUUUCCUGGUUUGGCAAUACCAAAUGAAAAACCACCUAUAUUUUCAUCUGACGAUGAAAGUAGUGAUGAUGACAGAAAUGAAAAGAAAAAGAAAAGAAUGACAUCUAAAGACAUAUUCAAAGGUGAAGAUAAAUUUAAAAAAGAUGAUGUUGUUGAUAAAGCUAUGGCUGAAUUGGAAGCUUUAGCUCCUUCCAAUUCUCACACAAAACCUGAAAACCAAUUAGAUAUCAAUAAGUGUGAUGACAGCAAUAAAACUUUAAAAGAUAGCAAAAGUCAAAAAAGAGACAGGUCCAAAGAAAGGAGAAGACCUAGUAGGAGUAGAGAUAAGAGAAGUCAUAGUCGAGACAGGAGGAGUCAUAGCAGAGAUAGAGACAGAAGAAAUAGGUCAAGAAGCAGACAUAGACACAGAUCAAAAGACAGGCAACGGUCUAGAUCGAGAGAUAGACAUAGAUCAAGAUCACGAGAUAAACGAAGGUCAAGGUCACGGGAUAAACGAAGGUCAAGGUCACGGGAUAAACGAAGGUCAAGGUCACGGGAUAAACGUAGGUCAAGGUCAAAAGAAAAAUACGGACAAUCUAGGUCACAAGGUAGAAGAUCAAGGGAUCGAUCACCCUCUCGCAACAGAGAAGAAAAACAAAGAUAUGGUGACUCAUUCAAAAAACCAAGAAAAAAAAGUCCGGAUAUUGAAAUGAGUGAUGAUCCAGAACCUGGGAAGAUUUACAAUGGAUGCGUUGCAAACAUUGUUGCCUUUGGUUGUUUUGUUCAAAUUGAGGGACUGAGGAAGAGGUGGGAAGGCUUAGUACAUAUCUCACAGCUACGUUCGGAAGGCAGAGUCACUAAUGUUUCUGAUGUGGUAUCAAGAGCAGAUAAAGUUAAAGUCAAAGUGCUGUCAAUAACUGGGCAAAAGGUGUCACUCACCAUGAAGGAUGUCUGUCAGGAAACAGGAAAAGAUCUGAACCCAACAUCACAUGCUCAUUUAGAGGCUGAACGUGAAGGACGUAAUCCUGACCGUCCUGCAGCCAACGCCACAGUUCUAGCGGGGCUGCAGGGCGCCAUCGACCCAGACGAGGACUCUAGUCGCAAGAGAGUCACCAGGAUCUCCAGCCCUGAGCGCUGGGAGAUUAAGCAGAUGAUAUCAUCUGGAGUCAUCGACAAGAGUGAACUGCCAGAUUUCGACGAAGAAACAGGCCUACUGCCUAAAGAUGAAGAAGGCGAGGCUGAUACGGAGAUAGAACUAGUCGAAGAAGAGCCACCGUUCUUGCAAGGCCACGGGCGAGCGUUACACGAACUAUCUCCCGUAAGGAUAGUCAAGAACCCGGAUGGGUCUUUAGCGCAAGCGGCGAUGAUGCAGAGCGCGCUUGCCAAAGAGAGGAGGGAGCAAAAGAUGAUUCAGCGAGAACAGGAGAUGGAGAGUCUUCCGACUGGGUUGAAUAAAAACUGGAUCGACCCGUUGCCAGAAGUAGAUGGAAGAGCAUUAGCGGCCAAUAUGCGUGGCACAGGAAUAACACCCCAAGAUCUACCCGAGUGGAAGAAACAUGUCAUCGGUGGGAAGAAGUCCUCCUUCGGCAAGAAAACUAAUCUAUCUCUGCUGGAGCAGAGGCAGUCGCUCCCGAUUUACAAACUCAGAGAUGAAUUGACUAAGGCAGUGGCUGAUAACCAAAUCCUGAUCGUAAUCGGCGAGACGGGGUCCGGUAAGACGACUCAAAUAACGCAGUACUUGGCGGACUGCGGGCUCACUGCACGAGGAAAGAUUGCUUGUACGCAACCGAGAAGAGUGGCCGCCAUGUCGGUCGCCAAACGGGUGGCAGAAGAAUUCGGGUGUCGCUUAGGACAAGAAGUCGGAUAUACCAUACGAUUCGAGGACUGCACCAGCCCCGAUACUGUCAUCAAAUACAUGACAGAUGGUAUGUUACUCCGCGAGUGUCUGAUGGACCUGGAUCUCAAGUCGUACUCCGUUAUAAUGUUGGACGAAGCCCACGAGCGUACGAUAAACACAGACGUGCUAUUCGGAUUACUCAAGCAAGCGGUGCAGAAACGACCCGAACUCAAACUGAUCGUCACAUCAGCCACAUUAGAUGCCGUCAAAUUCUCACAAUACUUCUUCGAAGCACCCAUCUUCACAAUCCCGGGAAGAACGUUUCCCGUCGAAGUUCUGUAUACAAAGGAGCCUGAAACAGAUUAUUUGGACGCCUCUUUAAUAACUGUAAUGCAGAUCCAUUUGAGAGAGCCGCCUGGUGAUAUCUUGCUGUUCUUGACGGGGCAGGAGGAAAUCGAUACGGCUUGCGAGAUACUGUACGAGCGAAUGAAGUCCUUAGGGCCGGAUGUUCCAGAGUUGAUUAUCCUACCGGUGUAUUCAGCUCUGCCAUCGGAAAUGCAAACGAGAAUAUUCGAGCCGGCGCCGCCUGGAUCCCGGAAGGUGGUGAUAGCCACAAAUAUAGCUGAGACUUCCCUCACGAUAGACGGAAUUUACUACGUGGUGGACCCAGGAUUCGUAAAGCAGAAAGUGUACAACUCCAAGACGGGGAUGGACUCGUUGGUGGUCACGCCGAUUUCACAGGCAGCGGCAAAACAGCGUGCUGGAAGGGCAGGACGAACGGGUCCCGGUAAAUGUUACCGGCUGUACACGGAGCGCGCCUACCGCGACGAGAUGCUGCCCACGCCCGUGCCCGAGAUACAGCGCACCAACCUCGCCACCACGGUGCUGCAGCUGAAAACAAUGGGCAUCAACGACCUGCUGCACUUCGACUUCAUGGACGCGCCGCCCGUGGAGUCGCUCAUCAUGGCGCUGGAGCAGCUGCACUCGCUCUCCGCGCUUGAUUCCGAGGGACUGCUCACCAGGCUGGGCCGCAGGAUGGCGGAAUUCCCCCUCGAGCCGAAUCUCUCCAAGAUCCUCAUAAUGUCGGUGGCCCUCCAAUGCUCCGACGAGAUCUUGACCAUAGUGUCGAUGCUGAGCGUACAGAACGUGUUCUACCGGCCCAAAGACAAACAAGCCCUGGCUGAUCAGAAGAAGGCAAAGUUUAACCAACCUGAGGGCGACCACUUGACUCUACUUGCGGUUUAUAAUAGUUGGAGGAACAAUAAGUUCUCUAACGCGUGGUGCUAUGAGAAUUUUGUACAGAUUAGAACGCUAAAGAGGGCGCAGGACGUGAGGAAGCAACUACUUGGAAUCAUGGACAGGCACAAGUUAGACGUGGUUUCCGCUGGUAAGAACACGGUGCGCAUCCAGAAGACCAUCUGCUCUGGUUUCUUCCGGAAUGCGGCCAAGAAGGACCCGCAGGAAGGGUACCGCACGCUGGUGGACAGCCAGGUCGUCUACAUACACCCCUCGAGCGCACUGUUCAACAGGCAACCGGAAUGGGUUAUCUACCACGAGCUGGUGCAGACCACCAAGGAGUACAUGCGCGAAGUGACGACCAUCGACCCCAAGUGGCUGGUGGAGUUCGCGCCGGCCUUCUUCAAGUUCUCAGACCCCACCAAACUGUCCAAGUUCAAGAAGAACCAAAGGCUCGAGCCGCUCUACAACAAAUACGAAGAACCCAACGCCUGGAGGAUAUCCAGAGUGCGAAGAAGAAGAAAUUAGGGCUCGUCUACGUCUUAUAUACUGGUAAUUCACAUGGCCAGGCGUAUUUGCCAUGUGAACUGCUAGUAAUUAAAAAAAAAUUCAGACACAUUUCUGACUUACAUUUCGCAUUUUGCUCGAGCGACGCGAUUAAUUAUGCUGGCAACAUUUCGCAUUACUCACUUCUUAAGAACAAAUAGUUGCAUGAAUUUAAAGUUCAAAAUCACUUGCACUGGAUGAAAUGUAUUUAGGUCUGUGUCUGGCUGAAAAACAGGCUAUAUUAUUACACAUUGAUAUUUAUUUACAUGCAGAUCAAACACAAAAUCUUGAAAAACUGUAGUGAAAGUUAUUAAAGAUUCUGCUGUGAAGAAAGAAUAUGAUGGAUAAUAUAAAUAUUAACAGAC